AUGGCUUCCGUAGCCUCAUGCUCGUCCAUGGCCAUGGCAAUAUGGACAUCGUUGAGUCGAUGUAUCCAGAGGAGGUUCUUUCGUGUUUUUGCAAUCUGUUCCAUCUUGUUUCUCGGCGUUACUUUUCACCUUACUCAUGAUACCCAACGAUCAACUCACCACGAGCCGUUCAAAGCCCCGAUCACGAAGCCUAUCGUUCAUGGAAAUCCGGUAGACGGGCUUCCGGAGCCAUCAUGCGAUCUUUUACCUUUCCCGUAUUCUCCUCAACCAACAGGUUCAAACAGCACGGAUGACAGCAUACUACCGAACCCCUGGCUGGCAGCAGUCAUCUCGACGGCAUCAGAUGUUGAACGUCGGAUGCUCAUACGAUCCACGUGGAUGAAGAUCUUUAGCGAUGUCCCCUUUGACGGACACUUCGUGGUAUCAAAUCCUGGGCCACGUUGGAUGGAGGUUGUGGCGAACGAGAACCGCACCUUUGGAGACAUGAUUGUGCUGGAUACUAUUCCCGAGGACGACAUCACUGCCAACACCAUCAAGACGCUCGAGUUCUACAAGUGGCUCGUUAAUCACAACGUCCAGUACGAGUUUGUGUCGAAGAUGGACACCGACUUAUGGCUCAACGCACGAGGAUUCUGGGACCGUUUCCUGUCACCGAGACUUUCGACUGACAGUGCCAGUAGGCUCAUGAAGAGCACAGUCCAGAAGACUGUCAUUGGAGAGCUCUACUACUCAAAGUACUGGGAUCUCGUCUUCCCGCACGGCGCCAUGUACACCGUCACAUGGGAUAUGGUCGAGUUGCUGGCGGACCUCCAGAACAAGCAUCACGUGGUGACGGGCGAAGACAUGGCCAUAGCGACUCUCAUGCUCAAGGGUCACGAGAAGGCCAAUUUUGUGAACUUUAGGGGCUCAGAAAAGUUCGACUACGACAAUAAAGACGCACGGCACGACGGCACGGCGUGGGCUAGAAAAAAGACGCAUCCGGAUGCCAUUCAGCACGCGCUGGUUGGUAACGAUGCCAUUGCCAUUCAUCAACUCAAGGAUGAGAGCUUAUGGUUCAAGGUGGCGGACUGCUUCGACGAGCAAGGAAUCAGGGACGCGCCGCCGGUGUACCACUCUGGGCCGGAGACGCAGCGGCCCAUGUCGAUGAAGUGGGAUGACUUUUGGUUCUGGAUGGGGGUAUCGGACCGGUACGACGCUAGAUUCGACAGGAUACCAGACUUUUUGUGGACAAGAGAAGAUGGGCAUUGGAUAUGCGAUGGCAUAUGGGACUUGGGAGAGACAAAGACAGGAUAUACGGGAAAGGAGAGCACCUCAUAA